AGGGCGGACACCCUUUCCCCAACUCUGAUUUGCCAAUUUUCUGUGCCUGCAAGUUGGAAAGUCACCGUUUCUUUUAUUUAAUUUUUUUUUACUUCAAAUGAUGCAGAAAGAGGUAAAGGAGAAGCUUUUCGAAGCAGCCGUAUUCAAAUAGGUUUCUUGAAAUGAAAUACUGUUUUAUGAUCUAUCAGUUGAAAGAAUUUUACGACGAACAUUUGUUAGUAUAAACAGCAUUUGUUAUGGGGAUGGCUUUUGAGGUGACAGCAGGUGCACAAGCUGUGGGGCAAACGGUUGAGCCAGCUGCAAAAUGUGGCGUGUGGAUGUUCACCUAUUUGAAACGCAAAUAUGAUUAUGUGAGAAACUUGGGGAAGAAUUUCAAGGAGCUUGAGAAUGAAGAAAUGCGUCUGCAGAAUAGAGAGGCAGAUGUGAAUAAUGUGCUGGCUGCAAAUGUUGGUCGAAUGCAUAUCACAAAUGAAUGCGAAAAUUGGUUUCAACGGGUCAAUGAAAAGAAGCACAAAAUCCAACAUCUGAAGACAAAGUACAGACGCAUCAACAAAUAUCUGUGUGGACUCUGUCCUUUUCCUUCUCUGCUAAGGCUUGGAAGAGAUGUAGUGAAGGAGACAAAAGAGUUAGUUUCCCUGAGAGAUCAAAUAAAGCUUGAGAACCCGAUAAUGACUGAGAGCGCACCAACACCACCUGACAGAUUUAGAAAUAGGCAUGCCCAGAAAAUAGAUGAUCUUCCAUCACUUAAUAGGCAUGUAGAAAUUGUUCAAGACUUGCUGAAACAAGAUGAGUUUAAGAGAGUUUGCAUAUGGGGACCGCCUGGAGUUGGAAAAACAACAGUGAUGGAAAAUUUGCAUGAUAGAGUUGGUCAAACAAGUCAAUUUGAAGUUAUCUUUUGGGUUACUAUGGACAACGCGGAAUGCGUGGAAAAGAUACAAAGGGUACUCGAGGAUCAGUUAGGCCUACCGGUUGACAAAAAGUCCAGCACAGGCAAAAGAGCAGCAAAGAUAUCUGAAGAGCUGGAGAACAAGAGCUAUCUAUUGUUUCUUGACCAAGUUUCUUCCAAGAUUAAUCUGAGGGAGGUUGGAAUUCAUGAUGACCAUAAUUGCGGAAAGAUUGUGUUUGCAUGUACUUCAAGAGACAACGGAAACUUCUGUGGACCAACGGAUGAGGAUAUCAAAAUAGAGAAGUUGUCAAAGGAGGAUGCCCAAAAGUUAUUUAACAGGAAAGUUAGUGCUGAUAUUAUGAAAAAGCAAGAAAUCGUUCGAUUAGCACCUUUAAUAGUCAACGAGUGUGGUGGGAUGCCACACAUGAUCAACUUGAUAGCUCAAAAGUUAGCAAAAGUGAAUGAUCCAGCAAGGUGGCGAGAUACACUGUUAGAGUUGCAAGCCCCCAGUAAGCAACAAAGUCGAGAAUUGGAAGAAGUCUACCAGUUAUUUAAACUUUCAUACAAUGAUCUAGAUGAGAGUAAGCAGCCAUGCUUGUUGUACUGGGCACUUUUCCCUGUUGGUUAUGAAGUUCAUCGAGACUACAUAACUGAGUGUUGGAGAGCAGAACAGUUAAUUAGUUUUGCAAGGCUAGGGGAAACACGCGACAGAGGUCACACUAUCCUAGAUGAAUUUGUAAACGUUGGUCUUUUGGACAGAGGAAGAAAGGCGCGUCAUUACAAGAUGUUUGAGCAUUUUCAGCGUGUUGCACUACGUAUUGCGAAGUGUAAUGCAGGGAGUCACCGCAUAUUAGUGAAAGAAGGUGCAAAGAUUACAGAGGAACAAUGGACAUGUGCAGAAAGGGUCUCAUUGAUUCAACAUCAACUUUCUGCCCUACCUGAGCAACCUCAAUGUUCUGGAAUUCUGACAUUGUUACUCCAAGAAAACAAGAGCUUGACGAAAAUUCCUGUGUCAUUCUUUGCAUGCAUGCAAAACUUACGAGUUCUAGAUUUGCAUGAUACAAGAAUCAUGUCACUGCCAUCAUCUAUAUCUAGCUUGAUAAAACUUAGGGGGCUCUAUCUAAAUGAUUGUGGUGAGUUAGAAAAUAUUCCAGCUGAUAUAGGAAAACUCCAAAGUCUUGAAAUAUUUGAUAUAAGUCGCACCAAGAUUCGAAAUCUCCCUAAAGAGAUUCAGGAGCUCACUAAUCUCAAGUGCUUGAGAGUUUCAUUUGAACAGAAUGUUAGCAGUCACAACCACUUUCAAGGGAAUCCAGUGGUGGUCAUUCAUCCUGACACUGUUUCAAAGCUCAUUUCGUUAGAAGAACUAAGCAUUGGCAUUGACCACCAUAACACAGAAUGGAAUAAUAUUGUUGGUGCAAUUGUGGAGGAAUUAGUUGGGUUGGAAGAAUUAACGACUCUUUGUUUCUACUUUCCUGGUGAGGAUUGCUUAAGACCGUUCAUAUGCCAGAGUGUAUCAUGGAAUCGGGAGAACACACAGGGCAACAGUUUCAGAUCAUUCAACAUCAUCGUAGGUCAUCACCAAACUAACAAUCCUUCGGAAUUUGAUAUCUCAGAAUGCUCAACUGAAAAACAUUUGAGAUUCUCUGGAGGUGAAAGUGUUCCUGAUACCAUUUUGCAGAUACUACAACAUGCUUACAGUUUUGAGCUGAUUGGUCAUCAAAAUGUGACAAACUUGUCACUCUUUGGAGCCGAUAGGUUGGGAGGACUGGAAAUUUGCAAGAUUGAAGAAUGCAAUGAAAUGGAAAGCAUCAUUGAUGGUGACAUGAUAGGAGGUGUGGCAUUUCAAUUCCUAAAACAGCUACACAUAAUAAAUAUUCCAAAGUUGGUGCAUAUAUGGAAGGGCUUGGCGAGCCCUGAAAGCCUAUCCAGGCUCACGACACUGAUACUAAAAGAUUGUCCAAGUCUAGAAAAUCUAUUCUCAAAGGCACAUGGGAUUGUCCAACAACUCGGUCAGCUACAAUAUUUGGAAGUUGAGCACUGUCUUGAGAUGAAAGAGAUAAUUGAAACUGGAAGUGAUGUAUCAGCGGCACUCCCUAAAUUGAAGACUAUAGAACUCCGGAACUUACCGAAACUGUGUACUAUUUGGAGCGAAGUCUCAUGGGAGUGGCCCUCGUUGGAAACAAUAGAGAUCAGGGAGUGUGUGAUGCUGAAGGAUUUACCAUCGACCAUGGCAAACGCGAUUAAAUUGAGAAGGAUCAGAUGCACCAGUGACUGGGAGAAUGAGUUGAACUGGCCAAGUGACCCUGCAAUUAAAGAUCGUUUUCAAUGUAUGUUUGUUUCUGUUUGAGUUAUCACCAAUGACCUCUCUCUCACAACCAAUCAAAUAAGCUGAACUACUUCGAAUAAAGUCAAGUGAAGAACUUGUAUGUUUGUUUUGUAAUCUUGUACUUUUUUUUUCCCUGUUGUCAAGUGAAAGAACUUUGUUGAUUAUAAUCUGCAUUAACAUGUAAUCUUCACAACAAUCUGCUGGUUAAUGUUUGAAUAAUAUUUAUUGUGUUCAAUGAUGAA